AAUGGGAGAUCAUACGGAGAACUAUCAGUUCCAGAAUCAGACAUAUCAUUUGUUAGUUCUGGAAGACCAAGCAUUGACCGUAUCUUCCCUUCUCUGUAUGACAAUAACGAUCCAAACCGAACUCCUCCUAGGUUGUCUAAUUUCUCAGACAUGGACUAUGGUUCUAACUUUGAUCAGUCCUCCAACUAUGGAAGGAGAUCAAUGGAUAUGAACUCACCUACUGAUAUGUCAUCAGGCUCGUUCGAGAGCGAAAGAUUUUCAUCCGCCUCUCAAACUAUAGAUGACGUAGAAGCUGAGAUGAGGAGGCUUAAACUGGAGUUAAAGCAGACAAUGGAAAUGUACAGUACUGCUUGCAAAGAAGCACUCACAGCAAAACAAAAGGCCACUGAGCUUCAGCGUUGGAAGUUAGAAGAAGAGAGGAAACUAGAAGAGGCAAGACAUGCAGAAGAAGCAGCGUUGGCCAUUGCAGAGAAAGAGAAAGCAAAGUCGAAAGCAGCUAUGGAGGCAGCUGAAGCAGCUCAAAGGAUUGCUGAAUUAGAGUCUAAGAAGAGAGUUAAUGCGGAAAUGAAAGCUCUCAAGGAGUCUGAAGAGAAAACAAAGGCCCUUACCGCUUUAGCAAACUCGGAUGUCAGGUAUAGGAAGUAUUCCAUUGAAGAGAUCGAGAGCGCAACAGAGUUUUUUGCUGAGAAAUACAAGAUUGGAGAAGGUGGUUAUGGACCUGUCUACAAAUGUUAUCUUGAUCACACACCAGUUGCUGUUAAAGUUCUUCGUCCUGAUGCAGCUCAAGGAAGAUCACAAUUUCAACAAGAGGUUGAGGUAUUGAGCUGCAUUAGGCAUCCUAACAUGGUUCUACUUCUUGGGGCUUGUCCGGAAUGCGGAUGUUUAGUAUAUGAGUUCAUGGCAAACGGGAGCUUAGAAGACCGUCUUUUCAGAUUAGGAAACAGCCCACCUCUUUCAUGGCAGAUGAGGUAUAUAAUUGCUGCAGAGAUAGGCACUGGACUGUUGUUCUUGCACCAGGCUAAACCAGAACCUCUAGUUCACCGUGAUCUCAAACCAGGAAACAUCUUACUAGACCGUAACUUUGUCUGUAAGAUAUCUGAUGUUGGUUUAGCUAGGUUAGUCCCUCCAUCAGUUGCAGACACGGUAACGCAAUACCGCAUGACUUCAACUGCUGGCACAUUCUGUUACAUCGACCCGGAGUACCAACAAACAGGAAUGUUGGGUGUAAAAUCUGAUAUUUACUCGCUCGGCAUUAUGUUUUUACAGUUGAUAACAGCAAAACCACCUAUGGGUCUAACUCAUUAUGUUGAGAGAGCACUAGAGAAAGGAACGUUGGCUGAUUUACUCGAUCCAGCUGUCCCUGAUUGGCCAAUGGAAGACACUGCAAAGUUUGCUAAGUUAGCUCUUAAAUGUUCUGAGCUAAGGAGAAAAGACAGACCUGAUCUUGCUAAAGUUAUAUUGCCUGAGCUAAACAGAUUAAGAACACUUGCUGAUGAAUCAACACAUUCUGUACUAGUCAGCCAUAGCUCCGGACCAUCUCCAACUGGUAGCCAAAGUUCUUUGAAAUUGGAACAUGUGAGUGGUGCUUCUAUCUCUGUGCCUCAGUAAGUUUUCAAAUUGAUCUACACACAAGGAGAGGCAAUUAUAGGAUUCAUAUAUGAAUUAUGUAGACAACAACCUUGAAUCCUCAACUUGCAUGCUUGUAGUAUAAGAAGAUGCAAAAUAGUGUCUUUUUCUUGUGAAUAGAGUGUUAAGAUUGUACAAAGCUCUUGCUUGUAAUGUAAUUUAAUAAUUAGUUCAGUAUGGAGGAACUGAAAAUU